AUGGCCCUUCGAUUUCAUCAUGCACUGUUCCUAUGGCCCCCUGAGGCGACACAGGACACAGCCAUCAACAUAGACCCCAGCAGCAGCUGGACCAAAGACCCAGAUAUGACCCUCCGCAGCAGCUGCGCCUGGAUGUCACCAUUGCCCCAGGUGGUGCUGAGACUUCUGAGGAAGUAUGCUUUCAGAACCACGGUCCCGCCCAGACGCACCAGCUCAUCCUCGCACAGGGUUCGCUGUGAGCUCAGAAUACGGGUGAAUGCCAACACCAUCACUGGAGCAGAUGGAGAAAAAGCUCGGCUGAGGAGUCGUUUCCAUAUUUCACGGCAACUCCAGAAUUCAUGCCUGCACUUUUCAGAGCCGGGCUCGUCCCCAGACCUCGGAGCCUUGGAGACUGGCUUAGGCUGGAUAGCCUGGGCUUGCUCCCCGCCGGCACAUUUCAGUCUAGACAGCCAUUUUCACCCAGGACAGCGGCGAAGAGGAUGCAGAAGCUCGGCACGGAAAGUCCCGCAGGAAUCUCACCGGCGAACCAUUGCUGCUGGAGGCUGGGCAAGAGGGUUACACUCGCAGCAGCUGCAGCGGCCGAGCCGGCGCCGGGACCCGCCCGCGCGCCCACCGCGGAGUCCCGGGGCGAUGCCGCCUCGACUCUCCUACGGUACCGCGCGGAACCCCAUUACCCGGCAAGCGGGCAGGUCGCGCCGGCCCCGGGCAGAGCUCGGGCACGCUCCGGGAGAAGCCCGGGCAGUGGUGCGAGGACGGUCUGUGCCUCCGGUUCCCGGCAGGAAAGAGCUGGAGAGAGCCGGAGCCGAGCGGCACUUCACGCCGAAGUUUCCCCCUUUGAAUCGUCUGGAGUUGUUAAGCAGAGCAAGGAUCCGACAAGAAGAUCAAGACAGAAAUCCAGAGGGGGACAUAGCAGCUGCAGAUGGGACUGCCCUGAAGUGGAAAGGAGGCUUGUGAACGAGCGGCAGCCCGUGGAGGAGGCUGCUAAGAGACCAGGAGAUUGAUAGUGAAGUGUUGUUUGGUUUGGUAGAUUACAGGUGACCUCCAGAAGAGCAGUCUUGUAAAGUGGCAGAGGUAGAUGGAAGCUCGGGAAAGCGAAAAGGCUGAGAACAUUUGGAGGUAACUUGGAGAAGUACGCUGCCCAAGGCUCCGUGACUUAAAGCUGAGACAUAGCUGGAAUGCAGUACGUAAUUAGGUUGGUCUGUGUUUAAAAUGUCUAAGAAAACCAGUAUUUGAAAACAAUUUCCAGAUUAAAUCUCCCUCACAGAAUAAACAAACAAAAAUCUUUCUUUUCCCAACUGCAAAGAAACCCAAGCGAAGAAAGCACACUCCUGUGCUCACUGAUGGCAUUCAUGGGCCGCCUCACACCCGGCCCACACAUUCCAAUAACCUAGAGUCAUUUUCCAGCAACAUCCCCGCCAUUAUCAGUGGGGAAUUCCGAUUAGAGGCUCGCUCCCUCGUUAUGGGAUGUUUUGAAAUUUACCCCAGUGUCUGAUGAGAUCAUUUGGAGACUGGAUAGUUAUCCCCUUCAUUAUCAACAUCCUGAGAAUCUCUCAUUUACUCAUUUGUACUCCAAAUCGCUUUAAAGUGCAUCAGAUUCUUCUCCAUAGACUACUGAUCCGUGGAGAGUGGAGAUUUGGAAAUCCCAGGGAGAUUUUUUUUUAAAAAGGAGAGCUUUAAGUCAUCAUAGGAGUACCUGCAUAUGCCAAUGGAAAACAGAAAGAUGUAUUAAACGGCUGUAUAAAGAUAGAUCUAGUAAAAAAAAUGCUGAAACUAAAUGAGUUCCAAAUGCCUGCCACUGUUAUUUCUGGAGCCCUUAGGCUAAAACAGAAUCAUCCAUUGCUCCUUUAGCUAGAAUGCCAUUAUAGCAAUGGCUGAGAAGGAGCAUAGAUAGGCAGGCAGGAGCUGGGGUGUAAAUGAGUGAUAGAGGGUUUACCCGGAAUGUUCAGUGCACUGGUUCUGAUCCCUAGAACCAUAAAGAGAUAAGGACAGAGAAGUAAGCUGUGCACCUUACAAAACUAAUGACAAAAGGUGCCGUUAACCUGAACUUGCACCAAGCUGAGGCUUUGAAUGUUUAGAACUAGACUGAAGUGGUGGGGGCUUCUUAUUGGGAUGUCCUGAGACAUGAGGAAUGGGCCCCUGCCUUCUCCAAGGCAUCCGUAACUGGUUUGCACAGCUGUCAAGAGAUCAAACUUGCCAUUCUAAACAAAUGCUCUGAAUUUGGAAUUGUCUACCAUUAAC